UCUCGUCAGUCAGUCGCACGCAGUCCCGAGACUCAAGCAGCAGUGACCCGUCACACAACAUGAAAACAGCGUAUCUGUGAACAAAACAGCGAGUUAGGAAGUAUUUAUACACUUAUUGGACUAAAGGGUUCGCAAAACUGACUAAAGAGGUGGUGUCAAGGGAGACAAGCUUUUAUCACCUAGAGGAAACAAGGAGGCAGACGGGUAAGGAGAGACAAGAAUCUCUCUCAAUCUGGAGGAUUUAUCCCAGACUGACUGGCAAACACAGGUGUGGCUCCCUUUCUGGAGCCGCUACUGACCUCAGCCACGCUGUCAUGGCACCAGCCCUCACACAAUGCAGAAAGCAUCCCUGCUAACCAUCAACCCCCACACGCACACAUACCCACGCAUUCACCACACACCACCACUCACACACACAGCCAUGAUGACCACCUCCUACAUGAACGGUUACGUGACUGAAUCAGACAGUGGGGGAGGUAGCGGCGGGGCUAUGGAUGCCCAGGAGGAAGUGGUGCUGAAGCACAGGGAGAUGGCAGUGGACUGCCCCGGAGACCUGGGUGCCCGCACCCUGCCCGUCAGACGCAGCGCUCAGCUGGAGAGAAUUCGCCAGCAGCAUGAGGACCGCAGGAGACGGGAGGAGGAGGGACGCAAGGAGCUCGACCUCAACUCGUCCAUCCGCAUCAAAAAGCUCUCCCAGAAUCCAAAAGUGGGAAUCGAUAACCCCACCUUUGAGCAAAUGGAGGGCUCCGGAGGCUCCAUGGGAGGCCUGCAGAGCCUCACCGCACCACCUGCUCUACUAGACCUGGAGGAGCUGUUGAUGUCCUUGAAGCAGGUGCAGCAUUGUUUGAAUGACUCUCAGAGUCAGGAGGACGUGGAGCUGGUUCUCCAACUGGUCCAGAAGCCUGACUUCCAGAAAGCCUUCAACAUCCACAACGCUGUGGCCCACUAUAUGAACCGGCCCAGCCCUCCCUUCCCCUUGAUGGACCAUGCGCAGACCCUCACGCAAGAGGUCCAGGCCAUGCUACACAACAGUUCACAGAAGGAGGGACUGGAGCUAAACAGCUUGCUUACAACUCCUCACAUGCAGGCUCUUAUGGUGGCCCACGACAGUGUGGCUGAACAAGAGAUGCAGCUGGAGCCGCUCGCUCCUUCCUUCAGUUCAAGCGAAACUUUCACCCAGUGGGGAGGAGAGACUGUCAAGAUUGUGCGGAUUGAGAAAGCUAAGGACAUCCCAUUGGGAGCAACCGUAAGAAACGACAUGGACAGCGUAAUCAUCAGCCGAAUUGUGAAGGGGGGCGCAGCAGAACACAGUGGCCUGCUGCAUGAAGGAGAUGAGAUCCUAGAAAUAAAUGGUGUGGAGAUUCGUGGCAAAGAUGUCAAUGAGGUUUUUGACAUCCUGGCGGACAUGCAUGGCGUCCUGACCUUCGUUCUGAUCCCCAGCCCACAGAUCAAACCACCUCCCAUUAAAGAGACAGUGGUGCACGUGAAAGCACAUUUUGACUACGACCCUUCAGAUGACCCCUACGUGCCCUGUCGAGAGCUUGGCCUUUGUUUUCAAAAGGGCGACAUCCUCCACAUCAUCAGCCAAGAUGACCCUAACUGGUGGCAGGCCUACAGAGAUGGAGACGAAGACAACCAGCCUCUCGCCGGUUUGGUCCCUGGUAAAAGCUUCCAGCAGCAGAGAGAGGCAAUGAAGCAAACCAUAGAGGAGGAUAAAGAGCCUGAGAAAUCAGGAAAACUUUGGUGUGCUAAAAAGAACAAGAAAAAGCGAAAGAAGAUGCAAUACAAUGCCAACAAAAAUGAUGAUUUUGAUAAUGAGGAGGUUCUCACAUAUGAAGAGAUGGCACUGUACCACCAGCCAGCCAAUCGUAAGCGCCCCAUCGCCAUGAUCGGCCCGCCAAACUGCGGGCAGAAUGAGCUCAGACAGAGACUUCUUUCUAGUGAGCCAGAUAGGUUUGCUGGCGCUGUCCCUCACACAACAAGAAACCGUAGAGAUAUUGAGGUGAGCGGCCGUGACUACCACUUUGUAUCCCGUCAGGCCUUUGAGACGGACUCUGCGGCGGGGAAGUUCAUCGAGUCUGGAGAGUUUGAGAAGAACCUUUAUGGCACUAGCACGGACUCGGUCCGACAAGUUAUUAACACAGGCAAGAUCUGCCUCUUGUGUGUGCACACUCAGUCUUUAAAGGUUUUGCGCAGCUCGGACCUUAAGCCUUACAUUAUCUUCAUCGCUCCUCCAUCGCAAGAACGACUGAGGGCACUCCUAGCUAAAGACAACAAAAAUCCAAAGCCCGAGGAGCUGAGAGACAUCAUCGAAAAGGCUCGCGAGAUGGAGCAGAACUACGGACAUCUGUUUGACGCCGCCAUCGUGAACACUGACCUGGAAAAGUCGUAUCAGGAGCUGAUUCGCCUCAUCGAUAAACUAGACACUGAACCCCAGUGGGUCCCCUCAACCUGGCUGCGUUGAAAUAAAUCCCACCCAGACUAGUGCGACCCAUCUACAGACAGGUGUAAAUGAAGAAAUCUUUCAUCCAGUCAUUGACUUCAUGUAUUUACACUACAAAAUUCAACUAGAUAAGGACACUACGCCACCUCAGACCCUGACAGAAGUGUCUGUCUGCACUAUGCUGUCACCAGGCUGGGGCAAUGAUAGUUUUUAUGUCAUAAUUCGUUUGAUCAUGGUGUGUUGUUGAUUCCACUCACCCACAUUCCAGAGACCUGUGAGAGAGUUAGCAGCACUUGGUGCAGCAGUAGAAUUAGGGCUUCUGUACUGCUUUUGAUAACUAUUUAUGAUUGUAAAUAUAUUCUGUAUGUAUUUUUUAAAACGUACAUGGACAUGUGGAGAAGGGUUUGAAUUGUGAUUGAGAAAGAAGCCACUGUUGUAAAAAUCCAGCUGAGGGAUAUGUGUGGACAUCAUGGGCCCUCCACCAAAAUCCAAACAUCCAGACAUUUAAAGGGAGAGUUCACCCAAAAAUGAAAAUUCAUCAUUUUCUCACUCUUAUGUCUUUGUAUAAAUAUCUUUGUUUUGAUGAACUCAAAGAAAGAGAAAUUUUGAGGAAUGUUUGUAACACAACCAAUCAGAAGCACCAUACACUUCCAUAGUAGGAAAACGAAUACUAUGGAAGUGAAUGGUGUUCAUCAGAACAAAUACAUUUAUACAGGUUUGUAAAAACACGAGGGUGAGUAAAUGACAGAAUUUUUUUUUUUGUGAUAGGAGAUACAUUAUUGUUCUCUGCUUAAUCGCCUUUAAUUUCUAAUGUACACUCUAAAAAACAAACGGUGCUAU